UUGGCUUCAGCACUUCCCUGCUCCCGCCGCCGCCCGCCAGCGAAAGAGAAGCGAGAAGGAGAUCCUCCUCCCGUCGCAGCCGCCCCUCCGCCGUACGAUAAUCCUACCUUUUCCUUGAGCAGCAGCAGUGUGCUCGGUACCCCAGGGUUUCUCUCUCGGCCGCGGAGGAAUCGAACCUGCCUCCUCUUCCCGCAGCCGGUCUCUCUUUCUUCUUCUUCGUCAGGUACUAAUUUCACUUCCUCCUGUGCUCAAUUCCUGUGA